AGUCUCGCUUUCCCUUCUCCUCUCCUCCCCCCCUCCCGACCCCCGUUGGUUGAUUCCAGGCUCAAGCUAAGAAGCGGCGAUUGGCGGGCUGCGAGGCUUCUUCGGAGCAUCUAUGUCAGCGGCGGGGGAGCCCGAGGCACGCGUGGAUUUUCUUGCUUUACCUUUCUGAAUUUGAGCCCUGUUCUCUCCUUUUCUGGAGGAUUUGCCUUGCUACCUUAAACCAUGGACAUCAUUGGAUUUAUGAAGUCUCAAUUUAUUUGUCAUCUUAUUAUCAGUUAUGUAUUUAUAGUGUCAGGACUGAUAAUCAACUUCAUUCAACUCUUCACGCUACUUCUCUGGCCAUUCAACAAGCAGCUUUUUAGAAAAAUCAACUGCAGGCUGUCAUAUUCUCUAUCAAGCCAGUUGGUGAUGUUGCUGGAAUGGUGGUCAGGCACAACUUGUACCAUCUCUAUAGAUCAACAAUCAAUGCACAAGAUUGGUAAUGAGAAUGCCAUCGUCAUCCUUAAUCACAACUUUGAAAUUGACUUUGUCUGUGGUUGGAGCUAUUGUGAAAAAUUUGGUGUUCUGGGGAGUUCCAAAGUCCUUGCCAAGAAAGAACUUUCCUACAUGCCGAUCAUCGGCUGGAUGUGGUACUUCCUAGAGAUGGUAUUCUGCAAGCGAAAAUGGGAGGAGGAUCGGAAAACUGUCAUGCGUAGCUUGUUUAAUCUCCGAGAUUAUCCUGAAUACUUCUGGUUUUUGAUUCACUGUGAAGGCACGAGGUUUACCGAGCAAAAACAUGAAAUCAGCAUGCAAGUGGCUGAAGCUAAAGGCUUGCCAAAGCUCAAAUAUCACCUCCUCCCGCGAACCAAAGGAUUUGCAAUCACCGCUCAGUGUUUGAGAAAUGUAGUUUCAGCUGUAUAUGAUUCUACACUGAACUUCAGAAAUAAUGAAAAUCCAACUCUGCUGGGAAUUUUACAUGGGAAGAAAUACCAUGCAGAUUUACAUGUAAGACGGAUUCCAUUAGAGGAAGUUCCCGAAGGCGACCAGGAGUGUUCUGAUUGGCUUUACAAACUCUAUCAAGAAAAGGAUACCUUCCAAGAAGAAUACUACAGGACAGGAAGCUAUCCAGGGACCCCCACAGUGCUUCCUCGGCGGCCAUGGCCUCUCUUGAAUUGGCUUUUCUGGGCCUUGUUGCUACUCUACCCUUUGUUCAAGCUGCUCAUCAACAUGAUUAGCAGUGGCUCAUACCUGACACUUGCCACUUUAGCCUUUGUCUUGAUUGCAGUUUCAGUUGGUGUUCGAUGGAUGAUAGCAGUAACAGAAAUUAACAAAGGCUCAACUUAUGGCAACCACGGACACAAGGAGAAGCAAAAAUGAAAUCUCCAGAGACUGCUUCAUACCCAAAGGGAACAAGCUUGUGAACUGCUGUGCACAUCUAUCUUCAGACAUGAAGACCAGGAAUCUGUUAGAGAGAGCUCAUGCCUUCACUGAAGUCACGUCUCUUCUCUAUCCAUCUCUCCCCCCACCCCCACCCUGCUCCAGCUGGCAACAAGAAUCAAUAGUCUGCAAUUCAUUUUAUUUUUUUCUAUACUUUUUUUAUUCAGAUUUUUCAGAGAAGCAGGGGGUUUUUUUAACUAAGAAAGAGACAAUAUGCAAAGUAUAGGAAGAAAGCAAAUGAAGGAAUUAAUAUUCUUUUUUUCUGAAUAAAUCUUUAAUGGAUUAAAAUAUGAAAUAAAAUUUACUUUCCUACAAGAUGACCAAAAUGAGUAUUUUACGUAUUUAACUAAGAAAGUAAGAACUUCCUUACUUUGCUCUUUCUAGUCUGGUGGCGUUUCCCAAUUGUGACCAACAAGCUGCCUCUGGAAAGCCCAGAGAGGCUUAUUAUAGUCUGUAUUCCAAAUGGUUUUAGGUUUGUUUAGUUUCACUUCUAUUUCUGCGGAAGUAAUUGUUUUAACCAAUGAGUGAUACUUGAAUAGUACUUUCACUGAGCUACUUAGCACUAUCCAAAUAUUUAUCCUUUGGCCAGCCUGAUAAAAAUAGGAAGACUUUCCCCUUAACAUUUGUUUUCAGUUUGCAGAGAGACUUGUAUUACCAGUUCGUUUUCAGUUCACUUCAGAAAGUGAAGUGAAUGCAGUUAGUGCUCUUUUAUUUUGCAAUCCCAUUUUUUUAAAUUUGCAUUUGUUUAUUUCCUUUCUGGACUUGGCUCCAGAGUACUCAUUCUCAAUCCUUUAUUACAUUUGGAAAGGUUUAACAUUUCCAGUCAUAAUUACAUAUCCUGACCUAAAGUAAUCUAUUUCUUGCAUUCUUCUACUGUAAUUUUUCCUUUUUUGCUUCUUAUGCUUUAAUCAUUAUGAAUCUAUAAAAGACUGUCUCUUUACUCCCAAGAUUUCAGUAAAGUUAAAAGCUGUCUAAAAGUCCAUUUACAGAAAUACCCAGCACAAUGCAGUUAUUCAUACAUCAACAUUCCCAAGGAACUCAAAGCAUUAGUAAAGUUAUUUCUAUAGAAACUCUUAUUCACUAAAAUGUAUUUUCUAUAUGCACAGUAUUACCUUUAAUACUAUUAUCCAAAUUAGAUAGUAAAUUAUAUGUCCCAUCUUUUCUAGAAUCCUCAUUUAAAUUUUAAAUACAGAUGUUACAUUGGCUGCAUUCCUAGUAUAUGAUAUAAUGAUCAUGAAAAUUAUUUAUAUUAGAGCACAGGUUGGCAACCUGCGGCUCCGGAACCGCAUGCGGCUCUUUGAGCCUUCCCCUGUGGCUCCCAGCCUCCUCUGCCUUUGCAGAGAGAGAC